AUGUUCUCAUGUUGUGGGUUUGCAACAGAAUUUUGCUCCAAUGUUGGAGCUGAAGAAACUUCAGAAAACAUGGAUGAAGUUCAUGAAGCUGUGAAAAAACCUAGAGAAGAAGUUCAUGAUGUUGCUGAAGAACCUAGAAAAGAAGAAUUUGAACUGCAAGUGCCAGAAGAUAUGCCUUGUAUAGAUGAAGACAUAAUCGCCAUGAAUGAUAAUGAUGAUGACAAAGAAGAUACUACAAUGAAUAUGUAUGAUCCUAGAAACUAUAACAUCUAA